AUGAUCUUGUGGUAUAUCAAAGAAAUUUUAAAUCUUGGAGAUCAUAUCAAAAUACACCAUACAAUGAAAUACACAAAUCUUUUAUUUAUUUUAUUUGUUGUAACAUUGUUAUCUCUAAAUCUUCAUACCAAGGUAGAUGCUCAAGUAACGAUACCUGAUAGAUUGGAGACCUUUAAGAAUGCCAUUGUUGAAGGAGUGACCAAUGACGCACCUACAACUCCCAAAACCAUGUCAAAAAUCACACCAUACUUUGAUAGUUAUAACAACCUUAGUGGACUGAACAUUGAAUACAGUGAUGGAUCAACAAAGCUUGUAGGUAGUUCAGCAGGAACACAACAAACAACUUUAGUUUUAAGAGCUGUUCCAAUUGUUUUAGUAUCAGUUUCUGGAACUUCGAGUGCAACUCUUGGAAUCUCAUUCAAAUUUGCUGAUUCAACAAUUCCAGCUACAAUUGGAACAGUCGAUGCGAUCACAUAUCAAUCAUCAAAUCCAGGUCAAUGUCUUGUCGAUAUUAAUAGUUUAAACCCUGUUGAAUUUUCAUUUGACAAUGUUGAUAUCCGUUACCCAGUUCCAUCAUCGUCACCAGUUACUGUCCCUCAGUAUUAUUAUCAAGAAUCAAAUGGUGAAUUUAGAUAUCGAUACGAUAUUCCUAAAUCAAAUGAUUAUGGAGCAUUAAUCGGACCAAUUAGUCAAAUUCUGAUUGACAACUCCGUUGCUUAUAAUUUUGGAACAAAUGAAUUCUCAGUGACAUCUCUUGUUCAAACAACAUUACCAGGAACAAUCAUAACAAAUAAACCUGCACCAGGAGGUACAAACAAAGGUGGAUGGAGAAUUGUAAUCAAUACAAAUGGAGUAAUUGUUUUCACAAUUGACAACGGAUUUGGUAUUUACAGAUCAACUUCAUCAACAUCACAAAUACUUGAUGGAAAUUGGCAUCUUGUUGCUGCUAUUCGAAGAUCCGAUGGUCAAUUGGAAAUUUGGUUGGAUGCUGUUAAACUCACAACAACAACAACAGGUUCCAAUUUGAGUGCUAAUUCAUUAAAUAUGCUAUAUAUUGGUGCAAAUUAUUAUAAUAAUAUAACCGACCGAACCACACUUUGA